GCACCCCUGCUCACGCGGACGCUGCCAGUCAACGACCAGCUGUUCCCACCACUGCUGGACCGCUGCAGCCGCACCCAGGCCGCGUUGUUUCGCGAGGAGAUGGAGAACGAUCGGGUCUCCAACAUGAUAGCCACCAACUAUUCGGACACUUCCGCGACCCUGGUCAUAGACAACGCUAUCAGGGACGACGUGGGGUGCCUGGUGCGGUGGAAGAAGAGCCGGGUGGAGCGCAAGGACAAGAACUCGGCGAACGACGGGAGGGCGGUGGACGUCCGCGCCAUCGACUGGGCGUCCGAGUGGCCCCGCAUCACGGAGGGCUCCCCCGUGCAGCAGGAGCUGGACCAGGCUGGCGUGGGGCAGCAGGAGUUCUGCCGGGCCCUGAGCCGGUACAAACACUAUGUGGAGAGUGGGGUGUCCUCGGAUGUGCUCGCGCCGUACAACAGGCAGUGGCUUGACCACGCCGUGUUCCUGCUGGACCUGGAGAACCCUGCGAGGUGGUCCGACAUGGAGCUCAGGAAGAGGGAUGAGGUGAUCGAGGCCGUCCGGCAAGACAUCCUCAAGGGGUAUAUCAAAGCCGCCAAGACGGCCAUCGUCGACUACGCGCUGCUCAACAGCCGCUGCCGGGAGCGCCUGGACGUGCCCUUCGUGCCGACCCUGUCGCCGGUGUGGGGUGGACGGCCGUUCACCGUUCCCGACGUGGGCACGUUCGGUGGCCCAGGAGUGGCGCGGGGGCAUCGCGGAGGCGCGGCAGAGUUUUCUGGCGGCGUGCGUGCAGAACUCGAGGACUGCUCUGCGUCUCAAGGAGUUCUGGUUAGCGGAGUGCGCCGAAGUGCGCCUGCUCUCGUGCCCGCCGAAGCACACUGA